AGUGAGAACUGUAUUCUUCUUUAUGUUUUUGUUGCUUGGAAGAGGUUGUAGAACAGUAGAGACAAGUUACCAAGACUGAGAGGAAGCUAUUCCAGUCUUUUCACAAUAACAAAAAAAAAUGCAUAAGAAAAGGCAAAAUGAACCUGGAACAAUCAAGCAGGAGAUUAUUAACAUAGGAACAGAAUCUUUCACAUUUCAAGAGAAGCAGAGACCCUUGAAGACAGACCAGAGAUCUACUGUGUGGAAAGAAGAACAGAAAAAACAGGAACUGAAAGUGCUCAGAGCUCAGCUCAGGACAGGGUUCAAUACGGACAAAGGAACAGAUCCCUGGUUGACAACAUGGCAAAUGAUUACAGUCAUCCUGGGAAUCUCAUGCAUUAUUUUGGUUACAAAAGUGGGAUUAUUGAUUCCAAGUUUAUUUUCUAGAGGAGAAAAUCAAAGCAGAGAGAUCUCUCUUCUUAACCCUCUACGUUGUAACAAUGAUGACUCCUCCUGUGAUCUUUGUUCAUGUGACUGGAUUGCUUUUGGAAACCAUUUCUAUCAUAUUUUUCAUGGAACCAAAACCUGGGCAGAGAGUCAGUCUGCCUGUGAGGAACUGAAUUCUCAUCUUGUGAUCAUAGACUCUGAAGAAGAGCUGGAAAAUUUGUUAUUGUUUGAAAUUGAAGGGUGGAUUCUUCUCAAAAAGGAUGGAACCAACAGGUCCUGGUUAUGGGGAAAUGACGGUAAAACACAGCACACCUUAAUUUAUGAUUCAGAAAAGAAUAACAGCUGUCAUUAUCUGCAUGGGAACCUAUUCAUUUCUGGUGACUGCUCGUCUAGGAAAUCCUAUACCUGUGAAUUUAGUAUAAGGUGACACCUAUUUCUCUAGUAUAAUUUUAUUUAAUUAUGAACAUCAAAAUGUCUGUUAUUUGUUGAGUUUAUAAUUUUUAUGCUCUAUCUUAGUCAAAAGACCAAUAAUGACAAUUUUUAAGAUUUUUUUACUGAACUCAGAAGUUGCUGAUUAUUUUUUUUACUUUCUACAUUGUAUUGAGAGUGAUUAAUAUUCUUACCAGCGAUCACCAGUCUUAUAAUAAUUUAUGUUGUUAUUGAUAAAUUAAAUUUCCAAUAGUAUUUAUAUUCAGUAACUUUACAAAAUUCUUAAAGUAAUAAAAGGAUCCCAAUUGCGUGAGAUUUUUAAAAAGUUAGUUGUGUACUUUACAUGUAUAAGGAACAGGGACUCCACAGAGCAUAUGGUGGUCACAGGGCACGUUGGUGGAAUUGGUUCUCUCCUUCCACUUUUAUGUGGAUUCCAGGGAUCAACCUCAGGUCCCCAUGCUUGCAUGAAGUUUGCUACCCAGAGAGCUGUGUUACUAGCCUGGGUUUUGGUUUAGGAGUAUGCUUAGACUUUGUUGUUUACCCUGGUCUGUAUUCCCAGAGCUCAAACUAGUUCUGAGUCUCAGCAGACUUAGUAGGUAGACCAGAGAUGCAGCCCACCUCACCAAGUGUAGUAUUCCUAAUGGGCAGAUACCUUUGAAGAUUGUUCAAAAGACAUAUUAAUGAUUCUGUUUGAAACAGCAAGAACAGAUUUAACGGAAAAAUAAUAAAUAACAAAUGCAACUUUAGUUGAAAUAGUUAAGAAGCUUAGAGUCUGGGGCUGAGCCCCAGUUGGGCUCUGAUGUCAAGAGUGCUUACUGUUCCUGCAGAUGCUACAGGUUCAAUUCCUAGACUCCAUUGUGCCUCUCAUAGAUGCCUGUAACUCUACUUUCAAACAAUGGAAUGCACAUAAAAACUCACAUAAGUGCUCAAAGAAUUAUUGAAGUUGCUACCAUCAUGCCAUCUUGUCCUGACUGUUUUCUGCUUACUUAUACAGUUCUUAGUUUUAACCACCCACACCAUCUACCCUAGAAAUACAUUUGAAUUCCCAUGAUCCAAGUUAUUAACUGAAAUAAUUAAUGUUUACACAAACUUAAUGUAAGCUAAAUAACUGAAGAAGGCAUAAUACAAAAGUAAUUGUCAUGCAGUGUCUAAAAUUAUUAGUUUGUUCUGCCAGAUAUUAAUGUUGCAAGGUUACUCUUAUCCUCAUGUAACAUUGAUGGAAAUUGUGGUCUUUGUGAUUUUAGUCUUUAAAAAUAAUGUGUCCCUGAAUUUCACCAUCAAGACAUGUAUAAUCCUGCCUUUGGUUCCCAGUAAUAAAGAACUCAUAUAUAUGUUUACUUGGCUUAUUCAA